AUGCCUCUUUUUCUCGCCUUAUCAGCGCUAAAAGGUGUCCCAGUAUGGGCUGUUUAUCUCUUCGCCGGCUGUGCGAUGCUAAUCGUUGCCGUGUUGAUAUUGGAUUACUGUGUGAUACGAAGAAAUGCUCUCGGAAACACUUGCUGUGCCCGAUCGAAGCAAAAACGCGGCUCAUCUCAGGGAGCUCACGCCAAGAGAUCCACCAAUAUGCUGCUGAAUAAAAUGUCCCGUAUGCCACCGAUGGAUCAGGAUCAAUUUAUGUGC